GGCUUUUUGUGGAGGGGAUGUGGCACUGCAAUUGUCCUGAUCGAAAGCCUGCGAACAAGUUCCAAUGUAAGAAUCACGGAACAAACCAUGGUCGAUACUUUUACACAUGCGAAAACAAGAAAUGCGACUUCUUCCUCUGGGCCAGCGACGCCGAGCUGCGCGAGAAAGCCACCGUCCUCUCCAAUUCUCGAUCGGAAUCAGAUCCUGCAACGACCCAGACUCCCACCAAGAGACCUCGAGUAUUCAACGGUCUCCUCACCCCACAGACAGAGCCGCGCUUCCAUCGCCGCAGCCCCGCAACGGGCGGCGGGCAGCAGAAGCAACAGCAGCAGCAGCAGCUCAGCCACAUGUUCCCCAGAAGCGCCAAGGCGCGCAUGAUGUCAGAAGACAUCGAUGAAUUCGAGUGGGACGACGACGUCGGGGCCGAAGUAGGCAAACUGUUGGACGCGAAGCCAAUCCGCCAGCCCAACUUCGGACCUCCCAAGGCCCACCAGGGUCCAGCUCCUCGCGCGCACCAGCCGCCGCUGUCCUUGACAUCCCCGAUGAAGAGAAAGUGGUCGGACACGGAAGAUGAUCACGAGUCCAAACUCGGCCGUCAUACCUCGACCGCCUCAUUCGCGCAAGUCACAUCCCGCUCGUAUACCGAUCGCGUCCCAUCCUUCUCGUCGGCGACCGCGGCGCCGCCCUCGUCUAUGGAGAUAUCAAUGUCGCCGACCCCGACUCGGUUUCGGGAUGCUAUGGCUGGGGGAGAUGAGACGCCGCUGGACGCAUCGCAGCUGGCUUCGCAGGCCGUCCGGAUCUUGGAGAGUCAUGGAGUAGCUCUUCCCAAGCAGGCACAAGAUGAGCUUAUGUCCCUGCUUGAUAAAUAUGAUCUGAAGAUGAUGGGGAUUAUCCGGGGACGAGACAUCUCGCGCGUGGCGUUGAAGAAGAAAGAUGAGCAGAUUGAGCAGUUGAACGCGCGACUUGCGAAGCUGGAGGGACGGAGUUAGGGCAAUGCUUUGCCUUUGCAGGGAUAUAUGAUACCAUGUUUCGAUGUAUUUUCUUUGACUUUUUUUUACCUAUUCGUCCGUGCUCGUUCUUGCUCGGUGCUACGCUAUAGCUCUGCGCGGACCAUAAUGUUUCCUAGUCUGCUGUGCGGACGUUGACUUGACUACUGUAUUUAUGAAUGGCUUGACAAGCGAAUGUUUCUAACUGUAUUCUAUUGAG